CACGAAUGCGUCCACUUCUGGUUGCUCGUGCUGAUAGUCUGCAAAAAUGUCGACGACUUGACGAUACCAUUUUGGAAGAAGCCGAUCCAGUCAAACCCGUCGAUUUGUUCCCGAGGAGAAGAAUUUCUCACUGUGCGUUUUUGUCCAUACCUCCUCGCCGCCCUUCACGAUUGAAUCGCGAGUGUUUGUGACCUCCACCAGAACCAGAGGGUGGGUGCUGUCGCCGCUCCACUGUGCUGUCCCUCAGCCAAGCUCACUCCCCUGAUCGGUACUCCAUCUCUUCAAGAUGCCUCUGGGGAUCCUCGAAGCAAAGGGGAUCGAGCAUGUUCCUGGCACAACGCAGUACUUUGACGAUCCGUCUCGGCCCCAGGUAGCUGGCGAGCAUCAUGGGAACCUCAAGCGCGUACAAGUUGGGACCGAAACCAUUAUCCUCAUCCCUCAGCCUUCUGAUGACCCAAACGAUCCGUUGAACUGGUCACUUUUGCGACGCGACCUGAUCACCUUUCUACUCUGCUUCGCGGGUAUUCUCGCUACCGCACUCGGCCCUAUCCUCGCUGCCAAUACGAUCACAAUCUCUCUGCUCUUCUCGAAGGACUUCACAAAGGUUGCCCUGUUGACGGGAUAUUUCUUACUGGGUUGCGGUGCUGGCGCUAUUUUCUUCGUUCCGUCCGGCCGCAUCUGGGGAAAGCGACACUUGUUCCUCAUAGGUAUCCUCAUUCUUAUCGCUUCCAGCGCGUGGGCCGGGUCUGUAGGAACCAAUUAUGGAAGUUUCAUUGGAGCCAGAAUUGUUCAAGGCGUUGGUUGCGCACCCUAUGAGAGCUUACUCAAUGCAGCUGUGGGUGACCUCUACUUUGUCCACCAGCGAGGAGUGAGAAUGGCCUUUACGAACCUGGCGGUCUUCGGCGGUGCCUUCUUCACUCCCAUCUUGGUGGGCAAAAUCACUGAUUCCAUGGGAUGGAAGUGGACGUUCUACUUCGUUGCCAUCUUUCUUGCUGCUACGCUUCCGGCCAUUUUCUUCUUCUGCCCCGAGACGGCAUAUCGACGAGAAGCCAGUCUGAACACUGACACUACCGGUGAGCUAGGAAUAGAAUUGACUACCAAGGAUAAACGUCAAGCGCCGUCACCACAGGCAGAGUCCGGAUCUUCUCGUUCUCCGGAACCUACCCAGCACUCCGCUGGUUUCACCUUCUUGCCUAAGUCCAAUGCUCUUCAACCCAUCGGCCAUUCUAAUACACCUAAGAAGACCUUUCUUCAGUCGAUUUCUCUGUUUGAUGGCCGGAAGACGGAUGAGCGAUACUGGGUCCUUUUGCUGCGACCGUUUCCCCUCCUCACUCAUCCAGCAUUUAUCUGGGGCUGCCUGAUCCAGGGAGCCAUGAUCGGCUGGACAGUAUUUAUCGGAGUUAUUGUCGCCGCCAUUUUCAUAGGGUCUCCUUACUACUGGGACGAGGUUGAUGCCGGCUACACUUACACGGGCCCAUUCAUCGGUGCCGUCCUAGGUUUUGUCUUGGCAGGUCUGCUCGCUGACACAAGUGUCAAGUACAUGACCAAGCUCAACAGAGGCAUAUACGAACCAGAGUUUCGCAUUCUUCUUGUGAUCCCCAUGAUGAUCAUUGGAGGAAUCGGAUUAUAUGGGUUCGCCUUAACGGCACCUGGUGUGGUAAAAAAGGAAUACUCAUAUGUCGUACCUUUGAUCUUUUUCGGAUUUGAAGUCGCAGGAAUGGUCAUUGGUGCUGUGGCCAGCUCACUUUACAUUGUUGAUGCCUAUCGAGAUUUGGCCAUUGAGGGCUUCACCAUCAUGAUCAUAUUCAAGAACUUUUUCAGUUUCAUCUUGACUUUCUUUGCCUACAAUUGGAUUAAUGACGGUGGUAUCGAACGAACAAUGCUGGCGAUCGCCUCGAUUCAAGUGGUGGUAUGCCUUCUCAGCAUCCCUAUGUGUAAGUCGGUUUCGAUCGCACGUUGGUUUUCAUGCUGACUUGCUAUAGAUAUCUACGGUAAGCGGGUGCGAGCAUUCUACUAUCGCCAUGAUUUGCUUGAUAUGACUGGCCUUCGCUAGCUGUUUAAACAGUUUCGAGGAAUUAAGAUGCUCGAUAUAUCAUGAGUUGGGUAAAAGCAACAGAUGCGUUUCUAGAGUACCCAGGGUUGGGCUAUUUUUAAUGUUUAUUUCCUGUUAGACUUCAUAAGGGAGCAUGACACGAUUCUUGGAUAUUAUUGUUGGAUCAUAGCCAUGAGAGUUCGGCGAUAUUGUCUUUGAUACAAUAUGACACAUCAAUUCAUUGCGUAAUGGCUAUUCUGGUAUCUGAAAGCGAAAAUCAUAACAUCGCAUGGGUCAUGUAUAUUCUGGCCAAGAAAUAUUUACUUUCCCACUACCUAUCGUCUCAUAUUCACGCCUUGACCGCUCCGGCCUGGGACGCGCCAGCAGCUGCAAGCGUCGACUUCUUGACAAGACGCAGGCCGCCAAGCAAAAUAAAGGCAGCCUGGACACCCAAAAUGACAACGAGAGUAACAAGGGCGCCAAUGACGCCAGCAACCGGCUUCGAAAUACCGUUGCCAGAGCCGCCAGAGCUUGAUUGAGACGAAGUAGAGUCAUCAUCCGAGUUACUAGCACAGUUGCCGUCGUGGUUUCCGCAAAGCUUGCACCAGUGCUUGGUGUCCUCGAUGGCGAAAUCAGACAUGCCAGUCUUGAAGUCCUUCCAGGAGAUGGUGGUCUCAUCCUUGCCGAAGAGAGGGAACAUCUUCGGGGUGUGUUCGGCAGCAGUGCCGUUGGCAAAGUAGAAGCGGACACUGACGUCGUCGGCAGUAGGGUUGGUGGCGUUGGUUACGAGCUCAAAAACCAUAGAUGAGGCGUAGUCGACGACUCCCUUGAAGUCAGAGCUAACCUUGUCGAGGCCAGCAAGACCGAAGAAAGACAUGAAGGCGGCGUAGGCACCGAACUGAAUGUUGACCUUGGGUCCCUUCUUACCCUCUGCAAGGGGCUCAAGAGCCUCGAUGAUCUGGCCAGCGAGCACAGAGCCAGAAAUGGCACGGACAGGCUCGCUGCUGUUGUAGGCGAGGUUCCACUCAUGGAUAGAAGCGAGGUUGUAGAGCUUUUCCAGGGUGGAGUCAUCGAGCAGAUCGUCAGAAGAGAUGCUAGAAUUGUGAAUGCGAGCAACAUUGAUGAGAUCAAAGACUAUGCGAGUUAGUGGGGGCCUAUGUGCUUGAGAUUUAUCCAUGAACUUACUGGUAUAGGCAUUCUGGAAGUUG